AUGGAUAGAAGACCAUCAGGAUUCUCUAAAGUACCAUCAAUUGGUUCACGUUCUGUGUUAAUCGCUGUCGAUGGAUCUGAGCAUUCAAAAAAAGCCUUUCAAUAUUAUUUAAAAUGGAUACAAAGACCUGAUGAUGCAGUGACAAUAUUUCAUGCUGUAGAACCAGUUUCACUACCAACUAUUUCUUUUUCAAAUCCAAUGGGUCUACCAAGUGAUGAAUGGUCAAAUAUUGUACAAAAUAAUUUGAAACGUGUACUUGAACUAGAAAAAGAUUAUAGUGCAGACUGUUUAAGUCAUAAUCUGACAUAUCAAUUCCUAUAUGAACCUGUUGAUCAUAUUGGUUCAGCUAUAAUACAAAAAGCUGAAAAAUAUAAUGCACAUUUAUUGAUUAUUGGAAAUCGUGGACUUGGUGCUAUCAAACGUACAAUUAUGGGCAGUGUAAGUGAUUAUGUUGUACAUCAUGCGAAUACAACUGUUUGUGUGGUGCCGUGCAUAGAUGAAGGUCAAGAAAGUUCAUCGUCAUCAUAA